AUGGCAAAACACAAUACCUUUAAAGAUCUCGUAAAACUUCACGAGGACAUGAAGAAGGAAGAGCUGGUGGUGCUCUUCUUCCAUAGCUGCAUUUUGGAUAAUAAUUUUAUUUACAAACUGAAUGAUGAAAAGAAAUAUGAAAAAUCAGAGAAUUAUGAAAAAAUAAAAAUUUCAAAUGGAUAUAUAAAACACAUGAUUGAUUCUGAGAAGGGAAAAUUUUUUUUAAGUCGAAUAUUAAUUGAUCCUGAAUGGAGAAGCAAUUCAAGUAGCUAUAACUUUCUGUAUAAAUCUGUAGACACCAAUGACACCUACAAUUUGAAUUUGGUAAAAAUAGAGAAUUCGCUAGUCGUACAAAUUAUCAACACUGCGCAGCCGUGCGUAGUUCACUCAGUCACAAUUGACGUCGACAAAUAUGUAAAUAAGUGCACCGUCCAAGAAGGUGUAAAGGAUAACAUGGAGGAGCAUGUCCAAAUGGAACAAUUGGAGCAGGUAUUCCAGGCACAUAUAUUAAGUCACAUGAAAAAAAAAAACAGCAACAACAUGAGUAGUGAUAACAGUAGUAAUAAAGGGAAAGGACUCAUCAUAGAAUCCAACGCAAAUGAGCACUUUAGAAAUACUUUCCACACCACCCCAGACCCAUACCUCUUACCAAACUAUAAUGACAACCAUUUUGAUGAUAAAAAUCCGAACAUUGGACGAAAUUUAAUCCCGGAUCUUCGGAAUAAUAUCCCCAUUUUAAGGCCAGAUGGAUUGCUAGUCGGCCCGGACAAUAAAUUUUUUAACCCGAAGAAUUUGCGCUAUGAUCCAAUUGGGCCCUUUGGAAAUGAGCCCAAUGCGGACAACAAACCGUUUGAUUUUCAGAACAAUUUUCCCUUUUAG